AUGAGUAUUGAGACGUUUGUGUUCUUGGAUAUCAACACCGUUGGUUACAGUGUCAAAGAGAAGAAAGGUGCGAAAAUUACUGAGCUGACAUUGAUGGCAGUGUCACGUAAGGAUAUUGUAAAAGCUGAAAGUGGGAUUUUACCCCCAUUUGGGAAACUGUCCCUGUUGAUCAACCCACAAAAAGACAUACCAAGUCAAAUAGCGAAAUCGUCAGGAUUAUCGAACGUGUAUUUAACGAAUCAGCCAAUUUUUAGAGACAAAGUGAACACAAUCAAUUCAUUCCUUGAGCUGCCUAAGCCAGUGUGCCUCGUUGCUUGUAAAGGAAACAGAUUCGAUUAUAAAAUAUUAAGAUCGGAGUAUGUGGAAGCCAACGCCCAGCUGCCAGAUGAUCUACUGUGUGUCGAUCCAAUCAGCUUGCUUACUGAAGAAAUUAAAAGUAAGGUUAAAGAUACAACAGCUCCAUCGAGCGCCAACAAUUCAUUACUGGACACGCAAAGCUUAAACGCCUCAGGGGUCCAGCCCGCUUCCCCAUCCGCCCCCAGCAAUGAAAACCAGCCAGGACCGAGCAACAUCGACGACCUAAAUGACGCUUUUGCUGGUAUGACGACAAACACAACUCCCAAGAAAGAGAGGUAUACCGUAUAA